AGUCAUGAAUGCCAUUAAAUGUUUAAACAGCUCCACCCUGCUGUGGCAGAUAUCUCAGUGGGUUAAUCAUGAACACAAACAGACUCGGAUGCCAGCUGUGAAAAGAGACAACCUGCCUCAGGACUACUUGCUGAAGACCUGGGUCGGUAAUGGAUUAUUGACAGCGUACUCCAGCGAGAAUGGAGAAACUAAAAGCAAAAAAGGGGCUGCUUGCUGGCAUAAAGCUGAAGAAGAAGAAAAAAGGCGAGAAAGGGUUAACUAUUGAAAACAAAGGUGCACUAGGUGACCACGAUGAUAGUGGGAAUGUUCACCAUGAGAUAUCUGGAGGACAAGAAGAGGGAGAGAGUGAUUUGAUGUAUGAUGAUGCUGCAUCUUACAGUGGUUUUGCACCUACAGGGCCGCAGAGGAAAAGAGCAAAACUGGUGUGCAAGGUUCACGAAGACGACAUAAAAUCCCAGAAUUAUCAGAUUGCGAUAACCAUAAUUGAAGCCCGGCAAUUAGUUGGUGAGAAUAUUGAUCCAGUGGUAAUCAUAGAGAUUGGAGAUGAAAAGAAACAAACAACAGUCAAAGAAGGCACAAAUGCUCCGUUUUACAAUGAAUAUUUUGUGUUUGACUUCAUUGGACCUCAAGUGCAUUUGUUUGACAAAAUUAUUAAAAUCUCUGUCAUGCACAACAAGCUGAUUGGGAGCAUAUUGAUUGGCUCCUUUAAGGUAGAUCUGGGGACAGUGUAUAAUCAGCCAGGUCAUCAGUUUUGUGACAAGUGGGCACUUCUCACAGACCCUGCUGACAUUAGGACAGGAGCCAAGGGAUACCUGAAGUGUGAUAUCAGUGUCACUGGGAAAGGAGACACGAUACAAGCCUCUCAGAAAGCAAGUGAUGCUGAAGAGCAAAUUGAAAAGAACCUCUUGAUUCCCAAAGGAUUUCCAUCUGAAAGACCAUGGGCCAGAUUUUAUGUGAGAAUCUACAAAGCAGAGGGGCUUCCAAAGAUGAACUCCAGCAUCAUGGCUAAUGUCACCAAAGCAUUCAUGGGCGAUAGUAAGGACCUUGUGGAUCCAUAUGUGGUGGUCAUGUUUGCAGGUCAAAUGGGGCGAACAACAGUGAAAAAAAACUGUGCUGAUCCUGUGUGGCAUGAACAGAUUGUCUUCAAGGAAAUGUUCCCCCCGCUGUGUCGAAGAGUCAAAAUCCAGGUGUGGGAUGAAGGCAGCAUGAAUGAUGUGGCCUUAGCCACACACUUCAUAGACCUGAAGAAAAUUUCAAAUGAACAAGAUGGAGUUAAAGGGUUCUUGCCUACCUUUGGACCAGCUUGGAUCAAUCUCUAUGGCUCACCUAGGAACCACAGCCUAAUGGACGACCACCAGGAGCUCAAUGAAGGUUUUGGGGAAGGUGUCUCCUUCAGAGGCCGCCUGCUUAUUGAAAUUGCAGUGGAGAUACUUUCAGGGGGAGCCCACGAGUCUAAAUUUUCAAAGAUCAUCAAAGACAUAAAGUUACCUUCCAAAGACAAAGACCCCAAAGCAUCUAAAGGAAAAGAGAAAACAGACAAAGCAGCAGAAGAUGGGAAAUCGUCUCCUCCUUCAGACAAAGCAAACUCCACCGAGGCAGAAGUUGAGCCCUUCGAUGUGCCUGCUGAGGUCCACAAAGAGGAAUCUGAGGAAUUCCUUCUGUUUGGGGCAUUUUUUGAAGCCACGAUGAUUGACAGGAAGGUUGGAGAUAAACCAAUAAGCUUUGAGGUUUCUGUCGGUAACUUUGGAAAUGUUAUUGAUGGAGUGUCACCGGAAGCUGGUGGUAAAAAGAAGGGACAUGAGGGAGAAGAGGAAGAACAUGCCCCAUUGCUGCAUGAAGGGGAGAGUGAAGCAUCACAUGACAUUACAUUACCAAUGAUAUCCACCACCCACCCUGAGAAGCCAGUCCUCACAGAAGGAAACCGGAACUAUUACUACUUGCAAUAUAAUGAGAAGAAGCCCUGUGUCUGUAUAAAGAGCUACUGGGGAGAUCAGACCUUCCGGUUGUACUUGUCCAAUGUCCUAGAGAAAAUGGCAGAUCUGUUGGAAGAAGGAUUAGAGGAAGUAAAAGAUUUAAUCAAGGUUUCAGAAACUGCAGCAGAAGAGAAAAUGAAAACCACUCUAAAUGCCUUUAUCAAUCAAUGCAGAGCCUUCAUUGUUAAUGCUGAAAAGAAGCCCAAAGGGACAAACCAGACAACUUUGGACACAAAGAGACUCAUGAUGUGCAGGCUAGAACUGGAAGCAAUGUCCUCGGAUGCCAAAGGAAUUGUUCAGAAUCAGAAAAAGGUUAUGUCAGUCGAUGAACUGAUGCGUGAAACACAGAACUUUGUAGAGAAAAUUCGAUUCUUGGUUGAUGAGCCACAGCAUACUGUGCCUGAUGUGUUCAUCUGGAUGCUCAGCAACAACAAAAGAGUUGCAUAUGCAAGAAUCCCAGCAAAAAACAUAUUCUAUUCCCCUGUGAAUGAACAAAGAGGCAAAAACUGUGGGAAGAUUAAAACUCAUUUCCUGAAAUUACCAGGAAAACGCCUGCCGGACUGGAACGUACAUGCAAAAGUGGACACCUAUAUCUGGCUUGGUUCCAUCAAGUAUGCCCAUUCCAUUAUGGAGAACUUACUUAUAGGACAUGAGACUGAAGUGCUUUCCACAACUGGUACAGGGCAUCAUGCUACUCCUUUACCUGCCAGUCUGGUGUACAAAACCUGUCAUCGCUUCCAGUUAAGAGCCCACAUGUAUCAGGCAAGGGGGCUCAUUGCAGCAGACAGCUCUGGACUUUCUGAUCCUUUCGCCAAAGUAACAUUCAUUUCACAUUGUCAGACUACCAAGAUCAUUUCUCAGACAUUAUCCCCUACAUGGAAUCAGAUGCUGCUGUUCAAUAACAUUGAGCUCCAUGGCGACGGAAAGGAAAUUGCUGAAUUCCCACCAGUGAUAGUCAUAGAGCUCUACGAUGACGAUGCAGUGGGUAAAUCAGACUAUAUUGGCUCAACAGUGGCUGCUCCUGUGGUGAGACUUGCCGAUCAGAAAUAUGAGCCACCUAAACUGUCUUAUCACCCAGUGCACUGUGGAAAUCUGUCUGGGGGAGAUCUUCUUGCUGCAUUUGAGCUGCUGCAGAUUCCUGAUUCUGGUCCAGAGAGCCUUCCACCAGUGGAUCCACCUGAUGUCAGCCAAAUCUACCCAGUUCCAGCCAACAUCCGGCCUGUUUUAAGCAAAUACAGAGUAGAGGUUCUGUUCUGGGGUGUUCGGGAGCUGAAGAAGGUCCAGCUUCUCUCCGUAGACCGCCCACAGGUUCUCAUCGAAUGUGCUGGAAAAGGAGUUAAAUCAUCGGUCAUCCAGAGCUUCAAGAACAAUCCCAACUUCAGUGUCCAAACAGACAGGUUUGAAGUGGAAUUGCCUGAAAAUGAGCUUUUGCAUCCACCACUCAGCAUCUGCGUGGUUGACUGGAGAGCUUUUGGCCGUAGCACUCUUGUUGGAACACACACCAUCAAUUGCCUUAAGCAAUAUUUAUAUAAACCACCGGAGCUUCCUGCUCCUACAGCAACAGUGGACACUAUAGAAACUGACCAAGUUUCAGCUUCUCCGGAGUCACCUCAACUGCCUGCGUCACCUGAACCACAACCAUAUUCAGCAGAGCACAUUUAUGUUGCUGUAGAGCAUGGUACAGCUGCAUUAACAAUGCAAGAACCAGUUCCAGCAAAAUCUGUUGCUGCAGAAGCUGGACCUACUUCUUCAUUGCUACCUGCACAUAAAUCUACAUCUUCAUCCUCUGAACCAGCAAAAGAUGCAAAGCAGAAGGACUCAAGAAAAUCCACCCGGCGAUCCACAAAAAGAAAAAAGAGAACAAUAGCAGAUGAAUCUGCGGAAAAUGUUAUUGAUUGGUGGUCAAAGUAUGAUGCUUCUGUGGAAAAAAUGAAAAAGGUAACAGCAAUGUAUCCCAAUGAGGAGAAACCAGACAACACGAGGCAGACAUCUGGCCAUGUAUCAUUAGUAAUUGAAGAGGAACCAGACAAGAAGAAGCGAAAAAAGUUGUUCAAAGAGGAAAAAAAGGAAGACGAACCAAAUUUAGCAACUUUGAAGAUCUAUGAUGGAGACUUGGAGAGUGAAUUUAAUAACUUUGAAGACUGGGUGAAAACCUUUGACCUUUUCAGAGGCAAAGCCACUGAUGAAGAUCACAGUGACUAUGAGGACAGAAUAAUAGGAAAAUUUAAGGGCUCUUUCUGCAUUUACAAAAGUCCUGAAGAUUCCAGUUCAAUGGAUGGAGGACAACCUAAAGUUCUGCAGGGGAUACCACCGAAUAACUCGGUCCAAGUUCUGGUUAGAGUGUAUAUUGUGAGGGCCUAUAAUCUUAGUCCAGCUGAUCCAGAGGGCACCUCAGACCCCUAUAUUGUGCUCAGACUAGGCAAAACUGAAAUUAAAGACCAAGCCAAUUACAUCCCCAAACAACUAAACCCAGUUUUUGGAAGAUCAUUUGAAAUCCAGGCUACAUUCCCUAAGGAAUCUAUGCUCUCUGUCCUGAUCUAUGACCAUGACUUGGUUGGAGCCGAUGACCUCAUUGGAGAAACUAAAAUUGAUUUGGAAAAUCGUUUCUACAGCAGGCACCGUGCUACUUGUGGUCUACAAAGUCAAUAUGAAAAAGAAGGGUAUAAUGCUUGGCGAGAUGCAGUUAAGCCGACUGAGAUCCUUAACAAGCUAUGCAAGGACAACAAACUGAAUGGGCCCCACAAGCGACCAGGGGAGAUACAAAUAGGAACCAAAGUAUUCACUGGGAAGACUGUCUUUCAAGAAGACGAGAAUGAAGAGCCAGUAGAAUCCUAUGAACAACUUGCCCUGAAGGUUUUACGUUCCUGGAAUGAAAUCCCAGGGGUUGGAUGCAAGCUGGUUCCAGAACACAUUGAGACUCGGGCUCUCUAUCACAAGGAUAAACCAGGCAUGGAACAGGGGCGUGUGCAGAUGUGGGUGGACAUGUUUCCCAAAGAUAUGCCUCUGCCAGGACCACCUGUUGAUAUUUCACCAAGGAAACCCAAAGGUUAUGAAUUGAGAGUAAUCAUCUGGAAUACAGAUGAUGUAAUUUUAGAGGAUGAGAAUAUCUUUACAGGACAAAAAUCAAGCGACAUCUAUGUAAAAGGGUGGCUAAAAGGACUGGAAGAGGACAAACAGGAGACAGAUGUGCAUUACAACUCCUUGACUGGAGAAGGGAACUUCAACUGGCGCUUUGUGUUUCCCUUCCACUACCUUCCAGCGGAGAAGCAAAUGGUGGUCAACAAGAAAGAAAACAUAUUUUCCUUGGAAAAGACAGAACGCAAAAUGCCAGCAGUGCUAGUGCUCCAGGUUUGGGACUUUGAAAGACUUUCUUCUGAUGAUUUCCUAGGCUCCCUUGAAAUGAAACUGAAUGAAUUUCCUCGAGCAGCCAAGUCUGCCAAGAGUUGCGACAUAAGCAUGGUAACGGCAACAAGUAAAGAAAACAAGAUCUCCAUAUUUCAGCAAAAGCGGGUCAGAGGAUGGUGGCCUUUUGUCAAAGCUGGGGAGCUCACUGGCAAAGUGGAAGCUGAAUUCCAUUUAGUCACAGCAGAGGAAGCUGAGAAGAGUCCUGUGGGCAAAGCUCGGAAAGAACCUGAACCUUUGGAGAAACCCAACCGUCCAGACACUUCCUUCUCCUGGUUUGUAAAUCCAUUCAAGUGUUUAUAUCACCUCAUCUGGAGAAAUUACAAAAAAUACAUCAUCAUUGCCCUGAUUCUCAUUAUUCUGAUCAUCUUCUUGGUGCUUUUCAUCUACACCUUGCCUGGUGCAAUCAGUCGUAAGAUUGUUGUAGGAUCAUAGACAAUUACAUCUCUCCUUGUAACUAAUCAGACACGAAUACUGCAGUUAAAAAUAGAAUCCUGACUUCACAACACAUUCUGCCAGUUAUAAAGAUAAGACAUAACCAUUCAUUUCACAAAAAUGAAACUGACUCAAAAUAUUUCAACACUCUACUCCUUUAGCUGCUUAUUCAGAAGCAAGCACAAAGUGCAUCAUUAAGGAACUGCUAUAACUGUAUUAACUGUUUUAAAAUUUGAUUCUGUGUCCAUUUUUAAAUGUGAGCAUACAGUCUUUGAUACUGCACAAAAACUUUUAUAAAAAGUAAAUAUAAUAUUAAUUAAUAUCUAUAUUAUCAAAUAUUGAGAGGGAAAUGUUUUCCAUAAACAUAAGAGCGAGGAAGGAUGCCGUGGGAGGUCUUUGCAUAAUAUUGCAACUGAUGAUUUUAAAGUUUUUUCAUGAUUUUAUAUUAAUGUACAUGAUUUUUUAAAGAUAGAUUGUUCAUGAAAAUCAAAGGUGAAAUUCUCUCAUUUGUUGACAUAUAUACCUUUUAAAAUUGCGAAAAUAAAUGUAUUAUACUUCAAAAUCUCAAAUUAUUGCCCUUACAUAAAUAACCAAAGAGGGAGGGAGAAAUGAAGAGGUAUUGGAAAAGGAGGAAAAAUCCAUUUUCAGAUUUGGUUGGAGAACUGAUGGAGAGUUAAUGAAGGAGAGAGAUGCAGAAAAGUUUGUCCACUAGAAAGAGUUCUUGCGUAAACAGAAAAUUGUAUAGAAAAUAGAAUUUGCUCUAUCUGCUAGAUGAACAGAGAGAAUCAAAAAGAAAACAAAGAGAAGCUGGAGGCUGGAACAAGUCAUGGGGGAUUUUAAAAAGAAGGGGUAAAAUCUUGGCCCUGCUGAAGCCAAUGGCACACAACUCCCAUCUUGGUCCAAAACACAGACCUUUUACGUAUUGUCAGACAGGUGUCAAACUAAAAUGAGCACAUGUUCCCUUGUUGCCUUACAAUCUAUGAAUAUGAAUAGUUAACAGCCAUAAAAUCCCCAUAGGCUGAUAGUCAUACAGACAUAUAAUAGAUCUGCCCUUCCAGAAAAUUAAUUCCACCAUUCUAAUGUACAACUAACAAGCAGAAUGUAAGCUCUUUUGGUUGCAGGACUAGCUAAUCUUCUGUGUUCAGGAAAUUACCUGGCACAUGUUUUUGGACACUUGAACAUAGCAAUACAAAUGAAUCACCUAGAUGCAUUCUUGCCAUGUGACUAAGAUUGAAUGGGCAAAGAGCCGAAAAUGGGCUCUCCUUUCUUCAAGGUUGAUUGGUCCUUCUGUAUGAGAGUACGAGGCACAUCAGCAACAGUGUGGUGAAGCUUGUACUGUCACUGCUAGUACUUAGCCUAUUCUGUGGCAUUAUAGAGGACACUGGUUCCUGGACAGCCCAUCUGGCAAGCACUGAUGUCAUUUUUAAAAAAGAAAACAUCCAUCUGCCAGAGAGCAAACAUUUUGCUUCUAAAAGGGUUUGAACGCCACGAACACAGUGACAACAAGUGUUUCUUCUGGCUUCCAUAUUCUAAGUGUGUUAUAAACAUUGACAAAUGGACUUUGAGUGUAUGAGCAGUCCUGUUAAAAUUAAACAGGUGUGUAACUGCUCUGAUGGACUGGGCUCUUCACCUGGUGUAUUUUACCUUUGUAUGUUCACGAGGACAACGAAAUGGGUGGGGUGUGCACUAGUUACUCAUGAACAGGAUAAGGAAGUGAUGCUGUCGGGUACAGCACACUCACUGACCAUAGUGGGAGCUGAGGACACUCUGCAUCCCACAGAACAGGCCCUAACACAGUGUGGUACAUGCUCGCAUGGCAUUUGUAAUGUGUGCCUCUCACACUGCUAGUUAUUAUUUCACUGUGUACUUAACUCUGUGUAAAUCCUGCUUUGCCUAAGAACCUUGCUGCAUCUAUGAAUCUUGGAAUGAUUAUGAUUAUUUAACUGAGCUCA